UCUGAGAAAGAAAGUUUUAGGACGGAGUGAGUAAUUUUUAAGGAGUAGAUUUUAGUACCGAGUGCUCAAAAUUGGUUUUGACUUCUCCGCCCAUCCGUCUCUCUACUCUCAUAUACGAACUUUCCUGCGUUGGAAUUUCCGCUUUGUUGCCGGAAUUGCCGAUGUCUGGUCUUCCCUUUAUACCCGUCGAUUGACUCCUUCCUGUUGUUCUCAUUUCUGGCGUCGGAGUGAGCAGGGAGAGCGAGAGAGAGAGAGAUGGGCGGUGAUCUGGAGUCCAUAGCGGAGGCGACCUCCGGAGCCAUUGGAGCUAUCGUUAGCACCACCAUCUUGUAUCCAUUAGAUACCUGCAAAACCAAGUACCAAGCCGAGCUCCAGUCUCAUGGUCAGCGAAAAUACAGGAAAAUCUCAGAUGUCCUUUUAGAGGCCCUAUCAACGGGCCGUGUUCUUUCGUUGUACCAAGGUCUUGGAACGAAGAAUCUCCAUUCUUUCAUCUCUCAGUUUGUUUAUUUUUAUGGGUAUAGUUACUUCAAGCAACUCUAUUUGGAUAGAAGUGGUGUUAGAUCCAUAGGAACAAAAGCCAAUUUGAUCAUUGCUGCUGCUGCUGGGGCUUGUACUGCCAUUGUGACACAACCACUUGAUACUGCAUCAAUGAGGAUGCAAACUAGUGCCUUUGGGAAAUCUAAAAGCCUUUGGGAAACACUCACAGAGGGCAGCUUGAGUGAAGCAUUUGAUGGUCUUGGAAUAUCUCUUUUAUUGACAUCCAACCCUGCCAUUCAGUACACAGUUUUUGAUCAACUCAAACAACACCUGCUGAAAGACCAACAACGCACUUCAAUGGGGAAGAAGGGUUCAUCCCCAGUAGUCCUUUCUGCAUUUUCUGCAUUUCUUUUAGGCGCACUUUCAAAGACCAUAGCCACUGUUAUCACUUUUCCAGCCAUCAGGUGCAAAGUCAUGAUUCAAGUGGCAGACAUGAAUGGCGAGGGUGGUGACAAGAAGUCCAAAAGCAAACCACGCAAGACACUGCUUGGCGUUGCCGGAUCUAUCCUUAGAAAUGAAGGGAUUCUUGGUUUCUUCAAGGGCUUACAAGCUCAAAUCUUGAAGACCGUGCUGAGUUCCGCGUUGCUCUUAAUGAUAAAGGAAAAGAUCUCUGCAAAAACAUGGGUCCUUGUUCUCGGGCUUAGUAGGCUUGUCCUCGUCAACCAGAGGAGAUUAAAGAGCUCAUAGGUGUCACGCAACAGAAAGAACUCAAUUUACAAGCAAUGGACUUUAAAGGCAACUAUGUGUAAAGGCACUUCUCACCGACCGGCAAAGAGAGUUGAACUGAAUCAAUUAUAUCAAUGUAUAUGCAUCAGUUCUUUAUUAUUGAAUAAGAUGGGUAGUGAGACAUUGGUACACAGAUACACAUAUAUGGUGCUGGACAAAUAUAAUAAAACAAAUUAGCCAAUGCUUA